AUGGGAGGACCAAUUAAGCACCCAAAAAAUGUCUUAAGACACAAAGGUAUAAUAAAAUUAGCAGAUUUUGGGUGUUCGUGUCUAAAAGAAUCAGAUAACAACACCGGAGCACAUGGCGUGACACCUUAUAUGGAUCCUAGAUUUUAUGAGAAUCAGUCGUAUCAUGAUUGCGCUCUUAGAUUACGUAUUCUUAGUAGUUUAAGUGAAGAGCCUAUGCCAAACACCGAAACACGAAUGUUAUAUUCGUCGAAUUGUAUCAGAGUAAAAUGUUGGGAACAGAACCAGAUAAUAGACCGAAUAUCCAUCAAACUUAAUCUUAUAAUCCCUGAAAACAAAAAUGUAUCUUCCUUUGCUCUCAAAGAAAGUGGAAAUGCGGAUGACGAUUUAUACUUGCUCGAUAGAACGGGUCUGGAGUAG